UUCCGAAGCAGUUCGCGACGCACCGACGAGCACGCGCGCACCACGAAAGAAUCCGAUUUCUUCAACCACAGCAAGAGAAACACCGCCACGAUGUCGUACAAUCCGCGAAUGAGCAUCAUCCCUGCCACGCAGCAGUCUCGCUCGCGCAAGAAAGAGGAGGAGGCGGAUGCGUUUAUGCGCCUCCCUGACCGCGAGAUUGUCGGCUGCAUUACAGACAUCGGCAUCAACUUCACCGUCGCGGACCUCCAAAAACCCAACCCCGUCUACGUCCAGCAGAUUUUCGAGUGGUUCGCCGAACUUCUCCUCAAUGCGACGCGUGACUCGGUUGAGCCCGCGAUGUGCGCUGCUGCCGAGGACAUCUGUGGCGAAUUCUCGGAUGUCAUCCCCGCCGACACACGCAACUUGAUGGGCUUUUACGUAUCGCUACGGAAGUUGCUAUUUGAAUGCGGUAUUACCGACUUCAGCUUCAACGACCUGUAUAAGCCGACAUACGAGCGACUUGUCCGGAUCUUCAGCUACCUGAUUAACUUCGUCCGGUUCCGCGAGUCGCAGACUAGUGUAAUCGACGAGCACUACAACAAGUCCGAGUCUACCAAGACACGCAUUGAGACGCUUUAUACCGAGAACCAGGAUAACGAGGGCCGCCUGGAAGACAUGCGCCGUAACCGAAAGACAAUGGAGGCGCAGGUCCGCGAGAAAACGAUACGCAAUGAAGACCUGAAGAGGCGACUGUUGGAGCUGCGUCGCAACCAGGAAAAGGUCGCCACACGUCUCGAGGAGGCAAAGCAAAGGAAGGGCGAACUCACUGGGCUUCUCGAGCAGAAGACGCAAGAGAAGCUUACUCUGAAGCAGGAGAGCACCAAGCUGCGUCCAUAUGUGAUCCAGAGCCCCUCGGCUCUUCAGGACAACUUGACGGAAUUGCGCGAGAUCCUGAGCAAUGACAAAUCACAUAUCGAUGCUUUGGACCGCCGGGCACGAGCCCUCCAGACGUCGACGGAUUCCUUCGCAGUCGUAUCCACAGAUGUCGCCUCUUGCAUCAAGAUCCUCGAUGAGAUUUCCGCAGAGCUGUCCAAAGAGGAGGAGGAGAUGGCCCGCAAUACCAAGCAGCGUGACGCCCUCUCAGAGCGUGGUAACAACGCGCGCGAGGUGGAACGAGCCGAGACAAUGCUGAAACGGCAACUCAGCAAGUGGACGGAGCGGACAGAGAAACUCCGAGAGCAAAGCAACCUCAAGGCCCAGGAAGCCAAGCAGAAAAUGCACGAGCUCCGAGCAGUGCACAAGGGACUCACUGACGAGCACACGGAGAAGGGAAAGGAGAUGGAAAUCCGCCGAGUGAGGAUUGAGCAAACUGAGAAGAAGAUGGUCGAUCUCAAGGAGAACAUUGAGAACGAGGUCCACACAGCACAUGACGAGUACCUGAAGAUGGAGGCCCACAUCAAGUUGUACAUCAAGGAAAUGGAGCAGGCCGUCGCCUAGACGUGACGUCUUUUCCGUUUUUAUGAGGAUGGCCUCUGCUUUUUGCUUGUUGAUGUUUUGGAUGGGGCGGGAAGCAAUUGGAACUGAGAUACCACAUGGGUCCGGCGUUGAGGGUAGCAGUCAUGAGGCUUGUGGAAUCUUUUGGUUUUGAGGGGUUUCUGCAUACAAUGAUAAUAAUAACGA